UGGUUCUGCUUCCGGAAACGCCCCCUCACCUCCUUCAGGGCCAGGUUAGGGCAGCCGGUGCGUGGGGGCAGUGGCCCCGGCCAUGCGGAGCCGGGCCGGACUGCGGCGGCCGCGCAGGGCCGUGCCUGGGCUGUGGCGAGACACCAUGGGCCUGGGGCGCCCCUCGCGCUGCCGGGGGUAGGAUGGGUUGUUCCCCCUUUCCCCGCCGCCAUGUACACCUUCGUGGUGCGGGACGAGGGCAGCAGCGUGUACGCCGAGGUGAGCCGACUGCUCCUUGCCAGCGGGCAGUGGCGGCGCCUCCGGAGGGACAACCCCCGCUUCAACCUGAUGCUGGGCGAGAGGAACCGGCUUCCCUUCGGCAGACUGGGCCAUGAGCCUGGACUUGUGCAGCUGGUGAAUUACUACAGGGGAGCAGACAAGCUGUGCCGCAAAGCAUCUCUGGUGAAGCUAAUCAAGACAAGCCCUGAACUAUCAGAGUCCUGCACGUGGUUCCCCGAGUCAUAUGUGAUUUACCCAACAAACUUGAAGACCCCCGUGGCUCCGGCACAGAAUGGAAUUUGCCAUCUCAUAAACAACACAAGGACAGAUGAGCGGGAAGUCUUCUUGGCAGCUUACAACAGGCGUCGGGAAGGCAAAGAAGGCAAUGUGUGGAUCGCCAAGUCCUCAGCUGGUGCCAAAGGGGAAGGGAUCUUGAUUUCUUCAGAGGCUGCAGAGCUUCUGGACUUCAUCGAUGAGCAGGGGCAAGUGCAUGUGAUUCAGAAAUACCUGGAGAAGCCUCUGCUUUUAGAGCCAGGGCAUCGCAAGUUUGACAUCAGGAGCUGGGUUCUCGUGGAUCAUCAAUAUAAUAUCUACCUCUACAGAGAGGGUGUCCUGCGGACCUCUUCCGAACCGUAUAACAGUGCUAAUUUCCAGGACAAAACCUGCCACUUGACCAAUCACUGCAUUCAGAAGGAAUAUUCCAAAAACUACGGGCGUUAUGAGGAAGGGAAUGAAAUGUUCUUUGAGGAGUUCAACCAGUAUCUGAUGGAUGCUCUGAACACAACGCUUGAGAACAGCAUCUUACUGCAAAUCAAACACAUAAUAAGAAGCUGCCUUAUGUGUAUAGAGCCUGCAAUCAGCACAAAGCAUCUUCACUACCAGAGCUUCCAGCUCUUUGGCUUUGACUUCAUGGUGGAUGAGGAGCUGAAGGUCUGGCUGAUAGAAGUAAAUGGGGCCCCAGCCUGUGCCCAGAAGCUGUAUGCAGAGCUCUGCCAAGGAAUUGUGGAUGUAGCCAUCUCUAGCGUUUUCCCCCUCAAUGACACUGGGCAAAAGACAAACCAGCCAUCAUCGAUCUUCAUCAAGCUGUGAUGACAACAAGAAUGCCUCUGCUGUGCACAGGGAGAGAUUGCAUCCCUAGGGUCAGCACAGUUCAGUGGCUUCUCUCAGUACCAUGCCAAAAAGUGGGACAGGCAUCUUAUUUCCUGGAAAAUCAUGGGGAAAAAUCAACAAAACAGGUAUCCACACAGAGCUGCAAUGAUCCAGAGCUGCUCAGACAACUCUGCCUGCAUUCACUAAAAUUCACUUCAGAAACAGCUCGUGUGACUUUGGUAUCUGAAACAAAUCUCUCUGGGAGAACAACAAAAUAACCCUAGAAUGAAGCCCCAACAGGAAUACUAUAAUACUGUAUUAGCUCCUCCUUUUCUAUAGAGAUAACAUUGGGCUUUUUAAGGAAAUGGAGCAAAAAGUACAAUGAUCUUCUGGGGCAUCAUGACUGGGAAGUUCUCCUCCUGCUGUGUUUCUUCUUUCCUCACCUACUCCAUCAUUAGUGCCUUAGCUCAGCUCCUAAUAGGUGACUGCUUUCCUUUGUUCUUGCUUUGUUACAUAUAAUAGAAAGGAGCAAGCUCUCUUGCAUCGCAGGAUGCCUGAAACCAGGAACACUGAGAAUCCAGUUUCCUUAGGUCAUUUUCCAAGUUGGUUGGCUGAACACCCAGACAGUGGCUGGCAAAAGGGUGCUGAACUGCAGGUGAUUAAUUAAUUCAAACAAGGAAGACAAUUCUGUUUAUAUAUAGCUAUCCCUUUUCCUAAUGAGAUUUGGGUCAGUGUCCAUCCCAGUCUGAUGCAGUUGGUUUCUGUUUAAAGGAGAUAGAGACACCCCCUUGGGGCUCACUGUCAGGCUACAGGAUUUCUAGCAUCACUUCUGUGCUGUGUUUCAAAUAGCAGAACUUUACUCCUCAGUUUCUUCUGAGACACUGCAGCAAAUUUACGCUCUUCUCUCAGCUUUUACCUUCAUGCAUUUGAGGCUUGAACCUGAAACCUUUCAACCCAAAUUUUUAUCCCAUUUGAUCCAGCCAAUAUUAUCCUCCUCAUUUGACAAACACUGAAAUUUUCUGCCCUGAACACAGUCCACAGCUCGGUCCCAGCUGGCAGGGAGGUGGGUGAGGUUUUGGAAACCAGGUGUGCCACACAGCUGGGAAGGUAGGUGUUUUUUGAGGGAGGGGAGGUUAAAUUCUUUGAGGUCCCUGAAUUUCAGAGCUAACAUCUACUCUGAGUAUAACCUAAAUCCCUGGCAUAUCGCCCAGCCUGUGAAGUGUAUCUGCAUUUUCAGUAUGAGCCCAGAAAAUCCCUCCUAAGCUAGAGCUCUUUGGAGGGCACAGUGGCACUUGUAACAGCAGUGAGUUUUGGGCGGGUGGGGUCAGCCCUGCUGCCUCUGGCAGGGAGAUAUGUUUGUCACCUAAAUAAACUGGUUCUUGUUCCCAAAACAAGCAAACAAGAAGAGAUUGUGGAGGUUACAAGCUUCUGGCUGCCUGUGUGUAAUGGAAAGUGAAUCAAGCAGUGGGAUUUCUGCAUCCCUUAGAAGAUCCUAGCGCUUUGGUGUAUUCAUCUCUGCUUGUGAUGGAGAUUUCAAAGGCCUUCAUGCCAGCAGAUAAUCCUGACACCUUUCUGUAGGCGGGACUGAAGUGCCCAGGCAUCCUUGGAGUGAUUAAUUUUGAUUGUGCAGUCAUGGGAUGAACAUUCAUUGUUACAUGCUGUGAAUCCACAAGUGGCACCAUUUCACAGUGGGCCACUAAAAUCCAGGAGUGAUCCAAGUGCUUAGCAAAACCGCAUGGGAGGAUUGCAGAGAGGGCACAUCCCAAAGAACCACACAAGCACCUCUGAAGUUUUCAAUGCCCUAAAAGGCAGCAUGAAUCUGUCUGCGGGGGAUGUGGUGGGUGCAGGGUGCACUGACACAUGCUGAGAAAUGACAGGGAGCAGUGAGAAAUGACAGGAGCUGUGAGAAAACAGGACUCUGGCUUUGUUCCAUUGUGCUGCAAGUGCUGGCAGGUGGCUUCACUUCCAGUGAGACUGUGAAUACCAGGUCUGGUCUUGGGAUCUGGGCCUUGUGGGUGUUCAGAAGACAGACCAUGAAUGCGUCAGUUUGUGAGAUGGGAAACACUGGGCGAUAAGCUGGAAGACAGGUGUGGAGGAAGGACUGUUUGGGUAUUUUAACCUUAAGAUAGCACACAGGUAUCAAAAUUUAACUGCAGGCCAGGUAAAGCAUAAUGGUAACACACCAAGGCAAAACGUACUUUGUAAUGGUUGUUACUCAACUUGCACCACGUCUCCUUUGGCAUUUUCACAUGUUAGGUCAUGUCAGCUUAUUUUUACACCUUUUUGCCCGGCAGAGGGAAGAUCUAAUAGCAACUGCCCUGAGGUGACAGAGGAGACAUUGGGCUCUCACAAGCUCUAGGGCAGAUGAGAACAGAGCGCAAAGUGAAAAGAGAAAAUUUUCCCAAUCAUAAUGAAAUGAGAAGUUCUCAUGUUCUGGAGUGCCAGACCCAUCCUUCUUUUCCCCUCAAAAGGGAAAUUAAACUGAAUCACCCCCUUACUGCACAGUAAUGUGAGAUUCCUGCUGAUGUAGUGGGAUAAGGGCAAGAAAGCUGUCUGGAUGCAGGCAAAAGCAGUGGGCCCAAUUGGAGGACCUGGUACCACUGGAAGGAGCAGUGACUCGGGAACCUCUGCCUGACUCCGAGGCCUUUUCAUCCCCUUUUGCCACUAUGCAAUCUGGGGUGAAAAAUCAGCAGCUGGCCGUUUUUGCUGCUCAGCUGAAAGUGGGGCUUCAACUUGAUGGCAGACCCAUGACCAUAGACAAUGCAGUUAUUCAUACCCUGCCUUUUCAGCUGGGCUUAGGGGAGAUAGUGAUUCAAGGAUGUUUUAAUCAUUGGUUUGUUUGCUGAAUUAUUCAGAAAUAAGCAAUGUCCUCUGGAGGAAAACAGCAGGUAUCGUGUGUAUUUAGCAUGUGCUCUCAAAGUGCUUUCCAAGGUAAAGCACAGGAGGUAGAUGGUGAAGGACAGACAGCACAGUGCCUAAGGUCUUGCUCAAAAUAUUAGCUAUGAGGUGGAGAUGAGGAUGUGUGUAUGCCUGAGGCCUAAGCAUUGCAGCUGUGAGUGUACCUUGCAAGUGAUGCUCACAAGGUCUUAUGAGACUUUUUUUUAGGAAUACACAACAAUAAAUGUUUUCUAGCUUACUUCAGCUAAAAGGACAAUAGAAAAGGUCUUACUCUCUUUCCUGAGCUUUCACGAAGGAUGGUGCUGCGUUUCCACCUAGCAUAUUGCAGAAUGUCUCUACUCUUAGUUGUAUCCCUUCAUGUCCGCCAUGAAAAAUUUCAGGCCCAGGUGCUCUGGCUGCAUUUUCCAGCAGGGUGUGGUCCCACUGGGCUGUAGGUUUCAGGUGAUUCCCAUGUGGCUUGUCAUAUACCAGGUUAGUCGUGAUUAUCGUGCAACAGCUGUUGUGCUCCUGCCAAAAUCCAGUGGCUGGCCACAGCCCACAGAAAAUGCUGGAGAAGUCUAAGAAAGGGUCAAAAACUGCUUCAUGCAGGUGGCCUGGCUUCUCAGCCCUGCUGUGACCAGCACCCUUCAGGACUGCUUGCAUGUCACUGCUCCCAGGAUUUCUUGUUCUCCACAAGCAGCUCUCCCCCGAGAAGAGCAACAGUGUGCCAUACAUAGGUUCAUAAUCAUGUCUCGGAGUCCAUUAUGGCAGCCCUCAGAAAACCUUGGUGUUGAGACGACAGCGGUUAUGUAUGGUGCUGCCAAGCUGGGAGCCUGACAGGCUCUGUAUCAUGUCCCCAACUCUGGAUUGUGUCCCCAGCUGCCUUCAUGUCAGCAUGUACUUGCGGGCCAUCAGGUGCCUGAGCUAGUGGAUCUCUGGUGACCCUAUCCACAUCUCUCCUAAACCACCAUUAAAACAUGCAAACCCCA